AUGGCUCAUACACCCUGACUAACUCAGCUGCCUGGGAGGUUACUGUUGUGGACUAGCCUAUAUUUUACCAUUGAAUCUUGAAUACGCUAAAACCUUUGUGCAUUUCGUCCAGAAAGAUAGUUUGGUUUCCUAAUCCUAAUCUGAAGACAGCGCUUCAGGACAGCGUCUACAUAAACUCAGUUUAUAAACGUCAAGGUCUGACCAUACGAACAGAGCGCAGGUCUUCAUUCACAUGUUGAAGAAUGAGGUGCAAGUGGACAUACGCUGUUGUUUUCAUUCACUCAAACUAACUACAGUGACCAACCGCGCUGAAGAUCUGACGGGUUUUGGAAUGAGAAGUGAACAUUCAAAGGACCUGUAAUUUGUCUAAUUGUUUUCUUUCCUCGUAAAUCGCAAGAAAGGAUGUGCUAGAGAUGAACGCUUUAUCAGCCUGGACUAUUGACAGUCAGCGAGCGCAUUAAACCGGCUUCUUAGUGUUUCCUCUAAUAAUUAUGUACAUGUAGGUAACUGUGACUCUUUGAAUGACUUUGCCAUUCCUUGCACUGCGGUCGUUUAGAUCUGUCUUCAUCUUUUGUGCAGUAAAAGAAACAAUUUUAAGAGAACAAAUUCCGUGCGUGGGAUAUUCAAGGAAAAUCUGACGGGUCGCGAACUUCUUCAUCACCGGAACGCUGUAUCGAAGGGGCUACGAUUGAAACUUUCAGAAAUGCCGCAGGUGGAGAUGUUUUAUUUUGUGUUGAUCAGCCUGUGGAUGUCUGUGUUGGGCCUGGAACCGGCGUCUAAGGUUGUGGCGGAUCGCUACGCUGUCUACUGGAACCGAACAAACCCAAGGUUCUACCGAGGAGACUACCACAUUGAUGUCUGCAUUAACGAUUAUUUGGACGUAUACUGUCCCCACUACAUUGACACGGUCCCUGAGAAGAAAAUGGAGCACUACGUCCUCUACAUGGUCAACUACGACGGCUACAGCUCUUGCGACCACACGGCGAAAGGUUUCAAGCGUUGGGAGUGCAACCGGCCUCACUCGCCCAACGGGCCGCUGAAGUUCUCUGAGAAGUUUCAGCUUUUCACACCAUUCUCACUGGGAUUUGAAUUUCGGCCAGGCAGAGAAUAUUACUAUAUCUCAUCUACAGUCAGUGAAAAUGGGAGACGGAGCUGCUUGAGGCUGAAAGUUUUCGUCAGACCUUCAAACAACUGCGAGAAGAGUCACGACCGCGUUGUAAAGGUCAAUGAUGGAAGCAUUAACUCUAUAGAAGAUAAUAAUGACGGAACGAGUCACGAAUCUGCAGAACCAUCCCGAGGUGAUGUCAACGGCGCCGGAUGCAUUCAGACUGUAGGGCCCUUGUUGGCCUCAGCGCUGGUUCUUUUGGCUUCCCUCUCCUCCUUAUAGCAUCCCACACAUACGCGGUGACACACCUGAAAUACACAGGAGGACUCGUGAUCGAGCACUUUUAAGAAACAUUGAGAUCUUUCUCUCCGCUGAAAAGUAGUUUCUCGCAUAGGAAGACGUUCAUCCAUUGGCGAUAUAACUGGAUGGUUUUCAAUGAACAAAAGCCCCACCCCACGAAAAAAAAAACACUCUGUUGUACACAUAUAAAACCCACUAAACUAUGACACGCACACUAAAAUAGGUCCGUGUCCUUUCGGUGCCCCUAUGUGACGUUGGAGAGGGACUUGUAAUUGGGGGCAGAGGAAGAAAAUUACUCUUUUUCACAAAGACUGCUUUCAGUGUUGCCAUCCAGAAAAGAGAAGUCAGAGCAACAGAGCAAGAGGACUGUCUGAGGGAUCUCUCCACGUGCAUUGUGGGAAAACGUCGUCACUGUGGACUCAACUGCUGACUCUACUAGAUAUCAAGGCAAAUUGUUGCCUGAUAGCAUCCCUUAUAAAGAGGGAGCUUUUUAAUAUCUCAACCGGAGUAGUCCGCGUGGACUCAGGUGCUCAGGUGAACGGUGACCAUUUUUGAAGCGUUUUCGUAGAUAAAAGAAAAAGAUAAGCACUCGUUUUGUACAUUGUGUACAGGUGUACAUGGGACUGAAACACAGAUGUGGUGUUCUUGAAGUAAAAUGCUCAAGUGUAGCUGCCAAAAUCGAUGUUUUGUUAGAGGAGUACGGAGCCUCACUGAUCGAUCGUUUGAGUGAAUAUACUAAUUUGUUUGGUGAAUCAUCCUUUUCUUAUUUAUUGUUCAGUCUUAGUGCUCUUGACACUUUGUUGUACUAGUCAUCAGCCAGGAUUCAGGAGAAAGGAACACAAAAUGCCUAGCUGCAGUCCUCUUAACUUGAUUUAGACGAAUAACAACUGCAUUGCAGAAUAACUUAUGGUAAUGUGUUAAUAUUUUAGCAAGUCAAUCCUUGAAAUGAUAUCAGGGGGAAAAACAGUAGUACGUCUCCAUAUCAUGUCCGUCAGGGGUCACGUCGCUCCUUAAAAGGGUCCAUUAUCAUGGAGAAGAGGGAGGAAAUGGUUUGCAUUAAUUUUGUAAAUGCUUCCUGUCUUUUUACCCUAGAGUAGUACAGCAUUAACAUUUUAAUUCGGUCAAUAAAAUGAGCUCAUACCUUGCCAAUUGAAUUGUUAA